CAGAAAGGCCAAUCAUCACGAUGACAUUAUCACGUGUAGUUCACACUGCACAGACGUGUGGCCAUCAGCCUAAGUGAACGGAUAGAGGAUGCUGCAGCAUAUGGCCUCGUUGGAACUAACUAUAUCUUCAAUGUCCCUGACCAAGAUGAACAAUGAAUGAUUUAAAGCGUAAUUCUGCAUGACGAGGACGACACAAGGCGUCAGAUCGCAUGUUGCACUGUGUGUGGUGAAGUACACCGUUGACUAGAUAAGGAUGUUUACCCAUUUGGACGAGUCGGACAUGUACUAUACAUCAGGGAGUCGGCGGAACAAAGUCAUUUCGACCAUAUUCGGUUGUAACAACAUGAAGGUCAGACGGGAUAGCUACGCCAGAAAGGUCAACUGCAAGCGGAUGAUCAUACUGGCUACAAUUAGCAUAGCGUCGGUGUCAUUCGCUUUGUUCAGUAUAUGGAAAACGACCUCUAAAUCUGAUAAUGAUUUGAGUAAACAGCGUUGUCAUGUAUCACCGUAUUAUGAACAUUUAUACAACUACAGGGGACAAAACAGCCAAUAUGCAGACUAUUUAUUGAUGUCAAAUAUUUCGUUCGAAAAAAACUUAAAACAUCCACUUGAAGUUGAAUUCAACAAUUUUCGUUAUUUAUUCAAGAUUGAUCAAAAGUCUCGAAAAUAUGAGAUAAAUCCUGAUGGGGAAAGGCUGUAUGAGAAACGGUUUAGGUCAGGUUUAACUGUAAAUGAACUUGAUGCCAUGUUUAUGACAUUUCACCAUUUCUCCAACGCACUUAAAAAGGCAAAUGUGACAUUUAUGUUGUACGGAGGGACUUUAAUUGGCGCCCAUCGCCACCACACAAUGAUUCCGUGGGAUGACGACAUUGACGUCCUGGUCAAUGGAUCUCAGAAAGAUGCUAUGUCACGUGCACUGGAAUCACUUCCGAAAUACACACUAUAUCGCCCUCCCCUUGUCCAAUGGAAAUUCUUUUCGAAAAAUAUAACUCGAACUAAAAGACCAUUUGCCUGGCCAUAUAUCGACAUAUUCUUUUUUGGAGAAAACGAAACUCACAUAUGGGAUAAAGCCCACAGAUACACACAACUUUAUGUGUUUCGAAAAGUUGACGUGUUUCCUCUCCAAUUCAAACCAUAUCAAGGGUCGUUACAGCCUGUGCCGUGUAACUCACCGCACGUGUUGUCAAGGACAUACGACCCCACACUCUGCACCACCUCCUCCUACACACACAAGGCGGAACGGCCAAAGGAUCCAGAGACAAGAAAAACCGUAAAGUGCCAAUCUCUGUACCGGAAGUUCCCCUUUGUGUUCCGAGAGACACGUGGCAACUAUGUCAUGGAGACGGUCAAGGUCGGGGAUUGCAUAUUGUACCAAACAAAAACAGCUCUGCCAUGUUGGACGAAGUCUCCAUGACAAUCUGAAAGUAAUGUGGCUGAAAAGAAAUAUAUAUUUUUAAAGAAUGACUCCUUGUUAUAUGAUGUGACAAUGCGUGUUGUAAUACACUGUAUUAUAUAUAACCUGCUGGUUUUGCAUUGACCGGGCUUCUAAGGAUGAUACAUCUACGUACAUAUAUCUAAAGACGUACCGGUACCCUCACUACAAACAGUAUUUGUUGUUAUAAGUAUAUGUCAGAUAUGCUAUUGUGAAAGCGAUAUAUCAACUUAAUAAACACAACUUCUGACCAUGCUCAGAUAAGCACGACUUCAUACCAUUCUGUCUAUCUUUGUAUGAUACAUGUACACACGUAAAUAAAAUCAUUCCA